UCUGAUCUACUGCCGAGGCCAUUAGAAAGCUACAAACUCUACUUUUUUUUCUGGCACGUAUUUAGUCCAGUCAGGUAUUCCUUGUAUGAGGUUGACGUACCAAUACCUUUUCCUCCACCACCAUCAAAAGCAGUCCAAGACGAUAAAAUAAGGAAUCCAACGCCGCUUUCCCCUAUCCUUCAACUUAAAACCGGCAAAUACGCUGAUGAUAUGUGUUGUGUUCAAUUGGGCUCCAUGUUGUAUUUUUUGGGUGGUGAAAUGAAAAUCAAAAACCCAUACAUUGAUGAAGAUGUAAAGAAGGAGCUCGCUGUCCGGGAUGUUUUCCCGAAAGACGUCUAUUGUUUUGAGCUAGCCAAUGACCACAACUACCGUGAACUGAAAGCCGGUACUGCGAUGAACUGUGGGAAGGCCAGCCCCUUGGCCUUUGUGGCCGAUGAGAAGAUUUACGUGAUUGGAAGCAGCCGCUGGGACUCAGAUGAAAACUUUGCUUACUUUGAGAUGUUUGAUCCUAAAGUUGAUAACUGGAUCAUCCUGCCAAAUCCUCCAAUAAGGAACGUGAACACUAUAUGGGUGGGGCAUGUUGUUGUGGGAAGAAAGGCUCUCAUUACGGCCUUGCAGCCGCACGAAACAGAGCGCCUAUAUUGUUUUAAUCUUGACACACAUAAAUGGGCAAACACAAGCAUCCCUGACUAUCUUGGUAAGUUCUCCGGCGACACUCUGUUUGUAGAGUAUAGGCUUUAUGGAUGUUACUACGACACGGUAGCUGCAUUAGUCCCAUUAGAAGAAGAAGAAGAAGAAAAGGAUGAGGAGGAGGAGGAAGAGGAAGAAGAAGAUAAGGAGCUUCAACAAUUCUUUAAGCAUCACCGCCUUCAUCAAAUCUCAGAGGAGAUGGGUAUGGAUGCUAUUCGUAAUGUUGCUCCGCAAGUGCAAUACUCGGCAAGUCUACUUCACUUGGGAAAGAUGUACUUUUGUUAUGUAAGGACUGGCAUGCCUCCGCAUCCGCAUCCAAAAAUUGCCAGUGAUUUUGAUAUAGGAGAUGACAAAAAACGUUUCAUUAGCAUUGUAAUUUUUCAAGCCGUCAGGGGGACAUACAAAAAAAAUGACACUAGACUUUCCAAGGCAAAUUUCCUUCAUUCGGAGCACUAUGAAGUUAAUACUCCGUUCCCAAGUGACGGUUUCAUCAAAGGCUGCUACGUUCUUGGCUCGGGAUACCUGGAGUCGAGUAAACAGAUCAGCGUCUAAGCGCGCGUUUCGAUUGCCAAGGUCACUCUCAAUCCUGUAAUUUCCUUCUCUCUGAAACAACAUUUUGUCUACAAAAUAAAUUUAGUUGUUGGGUUGAAAUUGUUUACUAA